AUGUUCGCCAAAGUGACCAACCGUGUUCUGAUGAUUUUCCAGGGAAUUACCACUCUAGCUCGGUAUGGAGUUGAAGGAGAGACCCCCGAUGUUCGGCGGGCAGCCUUGCGCUGUGUUGCGAACGCGCUGUUGCUCGAUGGUACAAUGCGUCAGGUUUUCGUGGACACAGGAUAUGGAGCCAAGCUGGCGGAUAUGCUUAAAGUAUGUCUGAUGCGUACUCUCACCGAUUACGAGACUGACAGCAUGAAGCAGGCCGAGGACUCAGAAGAUGAGAUGGUAGCAAGCCGAAUCCUAUUCUACACAACUUACGACACCACGAUGGACUUUGGGGAGUUGAUCAAGAGUCAUGGAUUGGCAGAUAACGUCGCCUUUCAACUCAGCCGCCAUGUGAAACAGUUCCCCGAGUCGGGAAGGAAGCCAUUGUCGCAAAUGGACGAGCUGGCACUCACUGAUACUCUCAAGCUGAUAUAUAAUAUUUCGAAGAUUUACCCGGAUCUCGCCGUUUCUUUCUCGACCUCGAUUCCCCACAUUUUGAAGAUCGUUACUGCCAUUGACGUUUCGGAUAAGCCUUUGGAUGGUAUUCUUGGAGGUUUGCUCAAUGCACUGUCUAUCCUUGAUCUGGACGAGAAGAAGAGCAAGGUCUUUGAGUGCAGUCCGAUUUUCCCCGAAGCAGAUCUGAACUGCAAUGUGGCCAAGUUAAUCAGUAUCUUGGACCAGGCUGUGUCACGAUACAGCGCAGAAGAACUUGAGGCUAAGGCAAUCCCAUUGCUGUACACCUUGAUUACCAUUUACGAUAUUGCACCAGAAGGUCCCCAAAAGCACAUGCAAGAACGUCUCUUGCCCGAGGAUGGUGAUCGCAGCUUGCCCAUCGGUCAAUCCGACACUCUACCAUCCAAACUGCUCAAACUAUCGACCAGCCAUUUCGCCAAUCUCAAGGUUGCAGUUUCCGAGCUGAUGUUUGUUCUGUCCGGCAAGGAUGCCGAGGCUCUUACCAAGAACAUAGGCUAUGGCUUUGCGGCUGGGUUCCUGGCAGCUCGUGGCAUUCAAAUGCCCCAAAGUGCUAGUGAAACAUUCCCCGCAAGCGCAAGCCCGGACUCCAUGGUCAAUCCCAUCACGGGACAAAGGCUCUCCGCGGAGCCGAAUGAUGAUCUUCCUCCAAUGACACAGGAAGAAAAGGAGCGCGAGGCAGAGAGGCUCUUCGUCUUAUUUGAAAGGGCGAGAGCAAAUGGCCUGCUUAAUGUUGAGAACCCUGUCACCCAAGCUCUACACGAAGGAAGAUUCGAAGAAUUGCCAGAUGAUGCUGAUAGUGACUAA